GUCUAGUAGAAGUAUACUGCAUCCAUGGUCUAAGUAAUAUUCCACAAUUGGAUUUCAUUUCUAGGUUAUGAAAUGAUUUGUUUCCAGUGAAAUAUUAGCGAAACAAAAUAAGAUGAAACACGCGUAAAUACCUAAGUGUAGUAGAACAAUAAAAUUCUCAAAAAGUUAACUUACAGUUUUUUACUCAUUACCUGUUCCAAGAAUCACAUAAGAACUUGAAAAGGUGAAAUAGGAGUCUACAAGGUUACAAAAUCUGAAUGAAGCAAAAAUUUGAAUAUUACUCAGAGAUGAUAUUCCAGUUGGUGCGAAGGCUCCACUUCAGUCCUGUGUGCCAGGCAGCCGAGUCCUCUCUUUUGGCAAAACUGAGGAAAAAGACAGGUUACACCAUAGCCAAUUGCAAGAAAGCUUUAGAAAUGCAUAACAAUGAUACUGAUAAGGCCGAGGCAUGGUUGAAUGAACAAGCCCAGGCUAUGGGUUGGGCUAAGGCCACAAAGCUGGCCGGUCGGACGGCACUUCAAGGCCUUGUUGCUGUCAAAUUUGACACCAAUCAUGGAGCCUUGGUGGAACUCAACUGUGAAACUGACUUUGUGGCCAAGAAUGAGAAGUUCCACAAAAUGAUAGAAGAUGCAACAGCUGCCUGCUUCAAGUUCUCCCAUACAAGUUUACAAUCCAAAGGCCCAGUGACAAAGAUGGAAUUGGACAGUGAACAGCUAGGAAAUUUGGCGCUUGAAGGUGGGAAAAAACUUUCUGAAGUUCUGGCCCUGUUCAUAGGCUCCGUUGGUGAAAAUGCGGUCCUUCGUCGAGCGGAGUGCUGGAAGACAAACAGUAAAGACAUAAAAAUAGCCGGCUACACGCACCCCGCGCCCGCGCACCCCUCUGAUUACUCGGCUGGGAAAUACGGCGCUUUACUGGCGUACAGGCAGAACGGUGAACAUGAAGACAUCGGUCGACAACUGUGCCAACACAUCGUCGGCUGCGGCCCGAAGAAAAUCGGAAACAAAGAAACUGAUAAACCAGCUAAAAACUUAGAUGAUGAGACAUGCCUUAUAUACCAAGAAUAUUUACUAGACCCUACCUUAACAGUCGAAGAAGUAUGCGAGCAAAACAAAGUCGAAAUUAUAGAUUACAUUAGAUUCUCGUGCGGAGAAGCCGUCGAGAACAGUAUGCCGGGCGUAGAGAAGCAACCAUUGGACACAGUUCAAACAUUGCAGUGAGUCUAGAAAAAACGUACGGAGCAAUUAUUAUGAAUUGUGUUAAAAAUUAUGUUAGUAAUUUAUUAUGCGUCAAGAAAUAAAAACGCUUUAAAAUCGUU